AUGGCCGGUCACGGCGAUUCCAACCAGGGGGCCGCUGCUGCCAGGGCCCCCGGGGCGACGCAGCUAAAGGGAGCCGUGAACGGAGCGCCGGCUGCUGCCGCCGCCCCUCCCCCGUACCAGGCCCACCCCCUCGGGCCGCUCUCGGGCGACGAGAUCAGCCGCUCCUCGUCGUUGAUUCGCGCGGCAUGGCCCGAAGGGACCAAGUUCCAGUUUAAGGUGAUCACUCUGCUUGAGCCGGCCAAGGCCCAGCUCAUCCCUUAUCUCGACGCCGAGAGAAAAGGCCAAUCGCCGUCCAGAAUCGACCGCCGCAGCUUCGUGGUGUACUACAUCCGGAACACUCACAAACUCCACGAGGCAGUCGUGAACCUCAGCCAGAGCCUGGUCGAGAGCAACGUGCUACUUGGCCCCAACCAGCACGCCAACGGAGACGGCGAAGAGUUGACCGCCAUUGAGGAAUCCAUCUUCAAAAAUGCCGAGCUCCAAGCUGAGAUUGCCAAGCUGAAGCUCCCCGAGGGGACUGUGCUUACGGCUGACCCCUGGAUCUACGGCUCGGACGGCGUCAACGAGGGCAACUUCAGCGACGAGAAGCGCCUGUUCCAGGUGUUCCUGUACAUGCGGGACCCCAAGAACCCGUCGCAGGAGGAUGGUUGCCACUACGCCUUCCCGCUCCCCAUCUCGCCCGUCGUCGACCCGACGACGCUCGAGGUCGUGCGCAUCGACAUCCUGCCGACAGGCCUCGACGAGAAGGUCAAGCCCCUGGAGCCCUGGGCGCCGGUGCCGCCCAACGAGUACGUCCCCGAGGCCCAGCCGUCGAUGCGCUCGGACCUAAAGCCCCUGCGCGUGGUCCAGCCCGAGGGCGCCUCCUUCCGGGUGUCCAACUUCUCCGAGGCCGGCCGCCAGGUCUCGUGGCAGAAGUGGGACCUCAAGGUCGGCUUCAACCAGCGCGAGGGCAUGGUCCUCUACGACGUGCACUACGACGGCCGCCCCCUCUUCUACCGACUCAGCCUCAGCGACAUGUGCAUCCCCUACGCCGACCCGCGCCACCCGUUCCACAAGAAGGCCGCCUUCGACCUCGGCGACGUUGGCGCCGGCAUAAUGGCCAACAACCUGGCCCUGGGCUGCGACUGCCUCGGAUCCAUCUACUACAUCUCGGGCGUCCUGAACGACAGCGAAGGCCAGCCGGUCGCUUAUCCGAAUGUGAUUUGCGUCCAUGAACAGGACGGUGGCUUGCUAUGGAAGCACACAAACUACCGCACCAACCGAGCGUGCGUAACAAGGGCAAGAGAGUUGGUUUUGCAAACAGUUCUCACUGUGUCAAACUACGAAUAUAUCCUUGCCUGGAUCUUCAACCAGGCGGGUGAUAUAACGUACGAGGUGAGGGCAACGGGCAUUUUAUCGACCCAACCUGUCGACCUCGACCUCACAACCACGCCGCACCCCUACGGCACCGUGGUGCACCCGGGGGUGCUGGCGGCGCACCACCAGCACUUCUUCAGUCUACGCGUGGAUCCCAUGGUGGCGGGCCACGGCAACACGGUCGUGUACGACGAGACGGUGCCGCUGCCGCGCGACGCCGUCGCCAACCCGCACGGCGUGGGCUACACGGUGCAGAGCAGGACCGUCGAGACGUCGGGCGGGUUCGACCUGGACGCGUCGCGCGGGCGCGUGUUCCGCAUCGCCAACGAGGCGGUCCGCAACCCCGUCAACGGCCACGCGGCCUCGUACAAGAUCCAGGUGCCGCCCAUGCAGCCCAUCCUGGCCGACGCCGACAGCUUCCACCGGCGGCGGGCCGAGUUCGCCGACCGGCCCCUCUACGUCACGCGCUACGCCGAGGGCGAGCUGUACGCCGGCGGGCUCUACACGAACCAGAGCCGCGGCGGGACGGGCGUGCGCGCCUGGGCGGAUCGCGGGGACCCGCUCGCCGCCGGCGACGCCGUGGUCUGGGUGCAGUUUGGGCUCCAGCACGUGCCGCGCGUCGAGGACUUCCCCGUCAUGCCGUGCGAGGUGCUGCGCGUGUCGCUAAGGCCCGUCAACUUUUUUGAUAGGAACCCGGCGCUCGACGUGCCGCCCAGCACGCAGGACUUCAACCGCAGCGUCGCGCUCAACAGCGGGGCCGCCGCGGACGCUAAGCAGGGCGGCUCGGACAAGAUGCUCGGCGGCCAUGGCGGCCAGCUCAGCGGGUGUUGCGCGACCCACGGAGCUGCAUGA